AUGGCAAACGACAUAGAAACCGCCUUUCAGGCCGCCAUCGAUGCCGGAAAGAUCAACGGCGCCGUUAUCUGCGUCACUGACGCCGAGGGCCGUUUUGUGUACGACAAGGCUCUCGGCGAGCGCACUCUUCUGUCAGGCGAGAAGCGUCCCCAGCGACUGGACGACAUGUUGCACCUGGCCUCAGCAACCAAGGUAAUGGCCACCAUCGCCGCCCUGCAGUGCGUGGAGGACGGCCUCCUUACCUUAACCGGCGAUGUAUCAUCUAUCGCACCCGAACUCGCUAGCAAGCAGGUUCUCACCGGCUUCUCUGACGACGGCGCCCCUAUCCUUGAGCCGCAGAACGGCCCAAUCACUCUGGAAAUGCUGCUCACGCAUAGCUCUGGCACUCCCUAUCACUUUCUAACACCACCUAUCGCCCGAUGGAGAGAGAAGUUCGUCUCUCGGCAAGAAGGCCAGCGCAAAACGGUCGAAGAACUCUUCUGCUACCCACUCAGCUUUCAGCCUGGCACAAGCUGGAUGUACGGCCCCGGACUUGACUGGGCCGGUCGCAUCGUAGAGCGAGUGACAGGACUUACAUUAGGCGAGCGCAUGCAGCAGCGCAUGUUUGACCCGCUCGGCAUCGACGACGCCCAAUUCUUCCCCGUCACGCGCGAGGAGCUGCGCUCUCGCCUUGUCGAUCUCAACCCCAAUGACCCUGAUGGCUUCGGACGCGCGGUGGUCGGCGGCGGCGGCUCCAAUCAUUCCAACAGCCAAACAAAAGGGGACUUUGGCGGUCACGGCCUGUUCAUGUCGGGAGCAAGUUUCGUCAAGGUUCUUCACUCGCUGCUGGCCAACGACGGAAAGCUGCUUAAACCUUCUACCGUCGACGACAUGUUCCGGCACCACCUUUCCCCCCAAGCCACAGCGGGUCACCAAGCUGCGCUGGCAGGCCCUAUCGGCCCGUUCUUCCGCGUAGGCAUUGCCCCAGAAGUCAAGCUGGGAUUCGGCCUGGGGGGCCUGCUCACACUGCAGGACGCAGAUGGCUUUUAUGGCGAAGGCACGCUGACAUGGGGUGGUGGGCGUACGCUCACCUGGUUCAUUGACCGCAAGAACGGGCUGUGCGGUAUUGGUGCCGUCCAGGCCGCGCUGCCGUUCCACGGUGACACAGUUGAAGCGCUGAAGGACACCUUCGGUCGUGAUAUCUACCGCAAGUAUGGGGCAUGGAAAGAACAGUCGUGA